CGCUGAUGUCAUUUCAUCGUGGUUUGGAGCAUGUUGCUCCAAAGAAUUCUAGUUUGACAGGUUCCGUCAAUGGAUCCAGCGUACUAUACAAGUGACGAGUUUACCUCCAACUGCAAAGUAACACCAGCUUGACGCGGCACCUCAUUUCGCCGGCUGCGACCGCGGCGGCGCAUGUCGGAAAACCGCGUUCGCUCGUCACGCGGCGUGGCGCGGAGCAGCAGCCUGGCUCGGCUCGGUGGCCGCAGCUGCGUCAGCACAGUCUUCACCACGACUCAACGCCAUGUGGGCUGGCUGUCGUGGCCUGGUUGCCAGCGGCGUGCGUGCCGCUGCGAUUGCUUUGGCCAAGUACCGGCCUGUCGCCGCGCGGCCAUCUGCCGGGCUACGCCGCAAGAGUGUCCGUGCCGGCUGCUCGGCACCUUCGCUUGAAGCAUAUAAUCUGCAACAGCCAACAGAGUGGAUACAAUGCUGCAGGCAGGAACAGCAAUUGCAGGCCUCGAAUGGCAAAAAGGGUAGUCAAAAGAGGCCUGCGAAUUUAGGACGUGCACGGUGGCUUUUUCUUGCGCUGCCUGUCGGUCCUCUUGAAGCUAGCCCUCUCCCAGCCGCCCCACCCGAUCGCGAGUUGCACACUUGCACCCCUAUUUCGACGGUUUUAGCUGCUGCUAUUGACGAGAAGGGCAUGUCUGCCAACGUGCUGCCACGGUUACCAAGGAGCUGCCCCGGUAAUGGCGGUGGCUCGUUUCCUUCCCUAGCCCCCAGCGCCACCCCCUACACUCCCCUGCUGGGGCCCCGCCGGGGUGCCAUCUCCCACAGCCGCCCGACGCGCGCGCUAGCUGCUGCGUUUGGGAGCGGAAUUGUUGUUGGAUUGGGUCCGAUCGAUCGGGAGGUAAAUCCGACGUUUCUUGUUCUUGGCCUUGCAGAGAGUCCAGGGGGUCCGGACAUCCUGACGAAUUACCUCGAACCAAUGGGGUUCUGUGGAAGCAGUGCUGUAGAUGCUGAGGAACAGCUGGACUACAGCGCCGGAAAUGUGACUAUAAUGACAGAUCAUAGGUGUUGGGAGCGGAAAUUAGAAGAAUCAAGUGAACUUGGGCAAACAGUUGUGAUAAAAUUCAGCACAACUUGGUGUGGACCAUGUAGGAAUGCUGCUCCAGUAUUCGCCGAGCUCUCUUUGAAGCAUUCUGAUCUUGUUUUCGUGUCAGUCGAUGUAGACGAACUACCGGAACUUGUCACGCAAUUCAACAUACGGGCAACCCCAACGUUCAUCUUCAUGAGAGGCAAGAAGGAGGUCGACAAGCUGGUCGGGGGCAACCAGGCAGAUCUCGUGAAGAAGUUCGAUCCAUAUUGCCAGGCCAGCUUAAUUGAGUGA